GGUAUCCGUCUUAAAAUGGUUGGGUGCUGGGUGCGGCACGCUGGGCUCACUGACUGUGUCUUGCCUUACAGGAGACUCAAUGAGAGAGAGAGAAUUGGAGAACUGGGAGCACCUGAAGUCUGGGGACUGUCACCAAAGGUUCCUGACCCCGAUUCUGAUGAGCAUACACCAGUAGAAGAUGAAGAGGCAAAAUCUAAGAGUAGUUCUUCAGAUUCCAGCUCAGAAGAGGAAAAAAAGAAGAAGAAGAAGAAAAGAAAGAAGAAAAAGCGCAAGGUAUCUAAAAGAAAACGCAGAAAACAUUCUGAGGACAGUGACAGCGAGUCGGAGUCUGAGCAGAACUCCAGCGAUGAAGAUAAAAAGAAAAGCAAGAAGAAGAAAAAGAAGAACAGAAAGAAGAAGUAUAAGAAGAAGAAAAAUAAGAAGAGCAGGAAGGAAUCCAGUGAUUCAAGUAGUGAAGAUUCUGAUGAUGAAACAUUUCAAGGGGAAGAUCUCUGGAUUGAGAGAUCAAAAAAUACAGAAGCUGAUAGCUUGAUUGGACCAGAAGCUCCCAAAACUCAUGCAUCUCAGGAUGAUAGGCCUUUGAACUAUGGACAUGCCCUCUUGCCUGGUGAAGGUGCAGCAAUGGCAGAGUACGUAAAAGCAGGAAAACGUAUACCCCGGAGAGGUGAAAUCGGCUUGACCAGUGAAGAGAUUGCGUCGUUUGAGAGCUCUGGUUAUGUCAUGAGUGGCAGCAGACAUCGCCGUAUGGAAGCUGUGCGUCUGCGUAAAGAGAACCAGAUUUACAGCGCAGAUGAAAAGAGAGCUCUGGCGUCCUUCAACCAGGAGGAGAGGAGGAAACGAGAGAAUAAGAUCCUUGCAAGCUUUCGAGAGAUGGUCUACAGAAAGACUAAGGGCAAAGAGGAAAAAUAAUUCUUUCUUUGAACUGUACACCAUAGAUUCUACCAAGCAGCAGCUCCCCUGUUCUAGUCAUGAUUUGAAAAAAGCUGCAAGUGCCGCAGUGCUUUUCACCCAACAGGGCUGAGCCUCAGGAGUGGAUUACUUGUAUCAAAGAGACAGAGUUUCUUUUGUCGCAUUUUCCUGGGUAAGGUGUUCACCAUCUACAAGGAAUCCCUGUAAAGUGAAAGGCUGCAAGGAAGGGAGGGCAGGAACAGGCAGGGAAGAUUAGACGAGGCAAUGUUCUGUGCUUGCUUUGACUAGGACAAGCAGGAUUCCCUGUGAGGGCUUUGUUACCUGAUGCUGAUAAGUGCAAUUUUCCAUUUAUUUUGGUUAAUGAGAGUAGACUGGUGAUCAGAAGAAAGCUACUAGUAACAGUAGCAAAAAUGAAGGAACUCUGAAGUUCCUGUUUUAAGAUCUAAGACUGUCCACUUAGGUAUUUUUUCUUAAGUCUUUUAGAUUUAUUUUUUUCUCAAAACUGUUGAGUUUGAUUUGUGGUUCAAACGAGACUUGUAAAUAGUAAUGACUUUGUAAUUUAAUAUAGAUGGGCUUCAGUUACUUUAAAGCAAGCAGAUCGCAAUUGGGGUAUAAAGUAACAGUAAUAGGAGGGUCUGAUCUUCAAUCCACCAAGCCUGUGGUGAAGAAUUAAAUUGCUUGCUUCUUUUUCUCCUAUGUUAUACAUAGGUAUCAGAGCAGUGGGGUGCAGUGAUUGGAGCCCCUGGAUGUAUACAAGUGGUAACAAGGAUGUAUCUUUUGAUUUAUUUGAAAUUUUUUUGUCUUUGGAAGUGUUCUAGAUUAAAACCUUAUUUUAACUCCCAGGGUAUUUUAAGUUAGUCUGUUUCAGCAGUAUUACAUAGCUUUCUUUAAACUCUACUCAGAGGCCUACUCCGGGUAGUGCUUCUAUGGUGGUUAUCUUUGAUUCAACUGGACAUUUCCAAACAUAUCCCCCUUAAUCUUCUUUUUCUCAAAUGCUUUUAAAACCAAAGUGUUUUCUAGAGAAUUGUUUUGUUCCCCUAAAUCUCUGUGUUGUAGUUUUGGCAGCGGAGAUGUCUUGUAUGUUUGUAUAAAGAAAAUAAAAGAUGUAAUGUU